AUGCAUGUGCGUCAAUUGCUGAUCUUGCUCAGGGUCUCUGUGGGUCUGGCUUAUGGAAGCUUGGUUCCCAAUCAUCAAUCUGUUCUGGUCCACAAGUCGGACGAGCAAGGCUUGACAAGCUACUCCGGAAGUCCGCAGUUGCGUCUGCAAUACAGGGAGCCACCGCCAAAUCUCCAAUACAAAUGCGGGCCGAAGUAUGGACAUUGUCCCAGGGGUACUUGUUGCUCCAGUGCAGGCUUCUGCGGCACAAGCAGUGCUCACUGUCGAUCCCCCGACUGCAUGAUCGACUACGGACGAUGCGAUGCUCACGAGUCUCCAGACGGACCUCCAACCGAAGACAUCCCCCGCCCUCAUCUUGGUGAAGUUCCAUAUGCCCCAUCUGAAAUCCGCUCCUGCUCGGUUCCGGGAACUAUUGCUUUCACAUUCGACGACGGUCCCAGUCGCUUCACGGGCGAUCUCUUGGAACUUCUUGACCGUUACGAUGCUUCGGCGACCUUCUUCGUUACUGGCAUCAACAACGGCAAAGGCCGAAUCGACGACCCCAAUCUACCAUGGGCUGAACUGGUUGAGCAGAUGAUUAGUGGUGGCCACCAAGUUGCAAGUCACACUUGGUCGCACGAGGACCUCGGCAAAAUCACCGCCGGGCAGCGUGAUGAUCAAUUGUUCAAGAAUGAGGCGGCCAUUCGAAACAUCAUUGGAAGUCUCCCCACCUACAUGCGUCCACCUUACUCGAGCUGUCUUCCAGAGUCAGGGUGUGGGCACCGCCUUGGCGACUUGGGAUACCACAUUGUCCUCUACGACAUUGACACAGAGGACUACAAGAACGACAGUCCAGAUCUGAUUCAACGGUCCAAAGACAUCAUUGAUCGUGCAUUGGAGUCCGCAGAUUCCAAGAAUACGUCUUGGCUGGUCAUCGGACACGACAUUCAUGAGCAGACCGUUCACAAUUUGACCGAGCACAUGCUCAAAGUCAGCAAGGACCUCGGGUACCGGCCUGUCACUGUCGGCGAGUGUCUUCAUGACCCGCGCGAGAAUUGGUACCGUGCUGAUGACCGCCGGGCGGUAAACAAGACCAAGAAGCAUGAUCACUCUCCCAAACACUUGCUUCAGCCGAAGAAUUUCACUGUUCCCCAAGUAUCUCUCGACGGCACCUGUGGUGCGAAUUAUACCUGUUUCGGAUCCCGUUUUGGGCUUUGCUGUGGCAGCAACAAGGUCUGCGGAAACACCACUUCCCAUUGCGGUUAUGGCUGCAACAAAGAAGCAGGGUACUGCUCGGUCGGGGUCCCUGCCAAUGGAGAUGCCUUGGACGCGUUGGAUUCCGACUCUGCCGAAGCCAAGAGAGUUCGUUCUGAGGCUGACUCGAGUCUUCGGGUUGUGGGCAGUGCGGCUUUGACCUCGUUCGCAUUGGCGUUGUUCGUUGCGAUGUGGAUGUAG